CAAACAAGAUCAAUCACUUGGCCACAUCGCAGCUAUAAUCUACUAGCGCUACUACACUAGAAGCAACCAUAUAAGCAAAGAAGAGACAAGAAGAACAAGAUCAUGUACCACCAUAACCAUGGCGAGGUGGCCAGCCUUCACUUCCUCCAGCCUCCAAAUCCUUCCCGCUCCUUCGCCACUCACCACCACAUGAACAUGGCCUUGCCGCCUGAGGCCUACUUCCCUCCCUCCUUUGAUCCUACCGCUCUACUUGCCAGCGACGAUGUGGCAGCUGCCUUUGAGUUUGACACUAUUCUUGAAGAAGCGGCUCACCAUGCCAGCGGCAAUGGCUCACCCAGCUCAGGCUCCGACGCCGUUAACUACUGCCAAUUGGGUGGUGCUGACUCUGGCGUCGGAGGUGCGGAGGAGGAAAGGAGGAGGAGGCGGAUGGUAUCGAACCGGGAGUCGGCGCGGCGGUCACGCAUGCGUAAGCAGCGGCAGCUGAGCGAGCUGUGGGCGCAGGUCACCCACCUCCGUGGCGCCAACCGCCGCCUCCUCGACGAGCUCAACGGUGCAUUGAGGCAGUGCGCUGACGCCUGCCGCGAGAGCGCCAAUCUCAGGGACGAGAAGGCCGAGCUGACCAAGAAGCUCGAGCAGCUGUCGGAGCAAUCGGUGCCAGAAGAGAAGGCCGCCUCGAGCAAUCACAGUAGCUGCUCCUCGGAGACAUGCUGCAAGGAGAGCACCACUGUUGCUGCUUCUAUUGAAUGAAUAUUGUUAUACUCGAAUUAUCCACCCAGAUUUUUACUUGAGAGGAUAACAACUACUAUAUCAAUAAGAACAUGCAUGUAAAACUAAACAAUGAUAUAUAAUUAUUUAAUGGCGAUGCCUGGGAUCAGCAUGCACCCUGCA